AGGCAUGAAAUUAUAGAUAAAAUCAUUUAAUCGCGAACGUAAACCAGUCGGAGGUGCGCGUGUUACGUUACCCUAAGUCCACUACAACGUUAUAUAUAUGCAGUUUACCCUACCGAAUUUAUCGCUUCAAAAAUAUAGGCUGAAAAAGGCUGGUAAUCAGAGCUGUAAAACUAGUUAUAAAAAAAAAGAAUUUUUAUAUCUGUCAAUAAUGCGUGGUGUUUAUUAAUCUGUGCAAUCAAGUGUCAAAGUCAAAUUCGCGAAGUUUUGUUUACGAUACGAAUUCAAAAAAGUUAAUAACUGUCGUAAACUUGUUAGAAGCGGAAUGAAGUGCAGAAAUAUUUAUUGUUGAGGUAUUGGUGUUUAAAAUUAAGAACCUGUAAAAAUUUGCUAUCACCUAUAUGAAGAAAGUACGUUUUGAAUCACCAGUGAAGCGUAUAUUACCAGCAAUGCACGAAUCAGAGUGCCAUUCUCCCAGGCCAUUCAUUCAUAAGCAAGUUAAAUCCGCACCUCAUGUGGAAUAUCUGGAUUAUCGUAUGGUACCAUACACAAACGACCCUGUACAAAGAUUCGAAUGUGGAAAUUCUUCACCAUAUCCAAUAGUUGCCAGAACGAGCCUGUCUAGUGCUGCUGAGUUAGAACAUAGAUGGGCACCUUCUAAUGAACUUGAUCUGAGUAUGCUUGAUUCUGCGCUUAGCUCUCGCAUGGCACCGUCAACAUUAAAACCACACUAUACAUCUAAUACACAACCUAUGUACAGUAAUGCACAAAAGAAUCCAUUGUCAGAAACCACAUCUAAUGUUUUACCUUCCAUGGAAAACAAAAAUAUGCCAACUCCACCUAACAUCCUCAAAAAGAAUGACGAUUUUUUCUUAAGAAGAGAUAAUUUAAAUGGAUACAAAACAAGCAGUAACAUAAACAAACUACAGUUAGAUAAAGAAAAUAAUCCUUUGUUAAAGAAAUCACAAAUUGUAAUGUUGGGACAGUCAUCCUUGCCUCAGAAUAAUGUAGCUAGCAGGCACUCUGGUAACUCUUCUAAUGAAACAGAUAAUAGCCCAUGUAGAUGUCAUCAUUGCAUUAAAGUUUGUGACCGCCAGCAAGUUGAACAGCCACAAGUGGCGAUAGUGAGUAAUCAAAACUUAAAGAGAAAUGGCUAUAAUAUGUGUCAUUGUAUAACAAUGUUGCCUCAAAACUACCCACAUUGCUCUUGCAAUAUCCCACAGAUUAGGCCACUUGCUCCAAACUGCAAUUGCAAUAUUGCACCUACUGCACCUCAUAAUGCAGUAGACAAAAAGACCUGGGCUAUCAAAAGAUAUGAACAAAAUAACAAACCAGAAUGCUUAGAUGUGGAGAAGCCAAUGAACAUCACUUUAGACAAAAAAGAACCCACUGUAGCUGAUUUGUUUAAAAUAAUCAAAUUGCAAAAUGAACAAUUGCAAUUACUACAAGAGAAAGUUGACAAAUUUAUAUCAUCCAACGCUAAUAAUGGACACAAUAUAAAUCCUCCGGUGGAGAAUUAUAUGACUGAACAAGUUGCUCUCGAAGCUGGCAAUGUAGAGAAGAAAAUAUCAAUUGGUGUUAUGACAAGUUUUGAAGUGGUACGAACUUCGACUAUAAUUAAUAAAGAAUUCAUCAAACAAAAUGAAGCCCAAAUACAAUGUAAUAGAUCACAAAUUAGCAUCAAAGAGGUUGUAUCAACACAACCAGCGAAUUUAAACUUCCUUGAUGGCUUGACCCCUGGCAUGAAUCAAGUUGAUUCACAUCAGCCAAGCAAAAGUAACCCUUCAGAUGGUAAAGGCAAUGUGACAAAAAAUGAUUAUGUGGAUGACAAGACUCUGAAUGAGAUGAGCUUAUAUAAUGUUCAAGUUGACAAUGCAAUAACACCAAAUAUUUCACCUGAGCAAAGUCUUUAUCUAGAUAUUAGGGAUUACAGCGAUUCUGAUGCAAGCAGUGAUGACAAUGCAGGAUGGACAUAUUAUAAUAAAGUUAUGACACAUGUAAACGGUAUGUUACAGGAAUCUGAUAUGCCUUCCUCGGCUAGCGCAAUGUAUAGAAAUGUAAAACAAAAGUGUAUCCAGAUGCAAAUUGAUAAAGCCAAUGUCAGUGUGGCUAAAAGGGUAACAUUUGGAGAUGACCCACUAGGUCUCCAGAAGCCACAGAUUCAGCAAGUUUUGUGUCCCAGCACAGACACUAGUCUUAAAAUGAAGCAGCUCGCGGCUAAGUACUUAGCGAACGGCGCCUCCACAUCAAACAGCCCGUCACCCAGACCUGGCACUAUGCCUGACAUGUCUCUAGCUACAAGAAACUAUAUGGAGAAACACAGGAUACUAAGAGCUACAAAUAUGCAAUCAGAUCAGCCAAAUAUGGAUAUACCCAAAUUUUUAGACAUAACAGCGUUAAAAAGACAAACCAAACUUUUAUAAUAACUAUUUUUUUUUAUAUAAACUUUUAAAUUCUCAAAAAUAGUUAAAAGGUGUUUUAGAAAAUAUAGUUCAUUUAUAUUUUAUGUUAUUUAUAAGCUUGUAGGGUUUAAAUAUUUAGAAACUUGUUUGACUUGUUAAGUUAACAAUGUUAAGUUUUUUUUAUUAUUUAAUUUUGACAUAUAAAUUAUUAUUUAAUAUUGAUACAUGAUAUAUAAAUUCUGAAUAUGUAAUUUUUAGAGUAGGAUGAUUUUGUAAAGAUUAAAGACAUACUAUAGCACCUUAUAGUAUUUUUCAUUUGAUAAGAAUUGACAAUAAUUUUUGUGUAUAUUAUAUAUUUAGUUACAUUGUAAUUUAUAACGAUAUCCAUAUUUUGUUGACUUUUAAGUGUUGUGUGUUUUGAUAAUAAAUUAAUAAAAGACAUUUAAUAUUGAA